AUGGCUUCCAACAUCAUCGACCUCAUCUCCUCCAGUCCGCCUAGAGAUGUUGUUCCUCCCAGGCCGACCGCCGCCAAACCAGACACCGCCGCCUCCAACCUCGCACAGGUCGAGAUCCACUCGGACGAUUUCUGUAGCAGCGGUGACGAUGUGUUCGAAAGCGGCAGACUCGUAAACGAGCCGAUUGCAAAACGGCCGCGGCUGUCAGCUGAGGGUGACGCUGGUCAGAGAGAACGGCCGUCUGCCUUCUCCUUGACACAACCGUUCCAAGCGACCGGUCAGAAAUCAAAGACUCUGCUAGACGAUAUCGAAUUUAUUAGCUCCAUCGACUCGGAUCCCUUUUCUUCUCCCAAACCCCGAACAAAUAGCCUAAAAAGGAGCAGGACAGAGUCGGCGCUGCCCAGUAGCAGGCUUGUGCCCUCCUCUGAUCCAUUUGCUAGCUCACCGCCACCAAAACUGACUGCCAGAUCGGCAAAUACUCGAAUCGCUCAGGAUCUCUCGUCAGAUCCAUUUGCUAGCUCACCCGUGAAAAUCCUCGCUUCCACUUGCACCUCCAAUACAACACUUGCUCGAGAACCAGCACGACCCAAACGCACUGCGGCUGCGUGGGAUCCUAUCUCUAGCUCAGCUCCGUGCUCUUCCGCACCCCCCAAGACUGCAGCUGCGCCAUCAAAUCACACAUCACGAAGUCCAUCUGUCAUUAGCAUCGGAGACACGUCUGCUUCCAGCGAUGACGAUCUGCCAGCCCUUGGCAACUUUGACCUGUCGCAAGGCCGGUCUUCAUACCACAAUCGUUCAACAAGCUCGGUUCCAAAAGCCAAGUCAGCAAACAAGUCUAAGCGCAAGGUUUCCGAUCCAACGCAGAGAAAAUCCCGACAGACCAUUGACCCAAGUCAACGCGCCGCAGCCAAGGCUGCUGAGAAGGAGCACAAACGCCGCGAGCGAGAACGAGAAAAGGAAGAGCGGCAGCGGCAAAGAGACGUUGCCGCUGCCAUUGUGGAGGUAAACAAGGCCAAGGGAAACAGAAAGGUCUCUACAAAAGAAAUGAUUGUGGACAUUCCGUUGUCUCUCCCACCAACUAUCAAAGUGCAACUGGAAACGUUGCUCGAUGGGCUGGAGGUGCAGCAUGGAGACUAUGACAGUGCAGUACACAAUGUCGUCAAGUGGCGCCGCAGAAUCAACAGCAGGUUCGACGACGAAUCGGGACAAUGGGUCCCAAUGCCACUGCGCAUCGACAAGGAAGAACACGCCCUAUUGUUCAUGACUGCAGAGGACAUAGUGCAGCUUGCCCUCGAUGAUGGCCUGGACAAGCAUAUGACCUCAGUUCGAAGCCAAUAUCCAACCGAGAAAUUAGUAUACAUCUUACAGGGCGUCACUACCUGGAUGAGGAAGAAUCGCAAUACGCGCAAUCGGCAGUUUGCCGCUGGUGUUCGAUCACAGGGCGAAAGUCAGGCUGCAACCGGACGCCGACAGGCUGAGCAAGCCGAGUACGUCGACGAGGACGCGAUAGAAGAUGCCAUUCUCCGGUUGCAAGUCGAGCACGACGUUCUCAUUCACCACACUGCUAUACCACUCGAAACGGCGCAGUGGAUUUCCAUCUUUACGCAAAACAUUUCCACCAUUCCCUACAAGAAGCAAAAAGACGAGGACACGGCCGGCGCUCGCUUCUGCAUGGAGAGCGGCCAAGUCAAGACGGGCGACAGCACGCAAGACACCUACGUGCGCAUGCUCCAGGAGAUUUUCCGCGUCACGGCCCCCAUUGCCUACGGAGUGGCAUCGGAGUUUGGCACGGUUACGAAGCUGGUUGAGGGAUUGGCAGCGCGGGGGCCAACCGCGCUGGAGCAGGUCCGCAAGAGCGCCAACAAGGACGGCGCGUUCUCGGACCGGGCGAUUGGGCCGGCCGUCAGCAAGCGUCUCUACAAGAUUUUUACAGGCACAGACGAGACUAGCACGGACGUAUAA